AUGUUUGUUCACGAGUCUGUGUUAAUACGUCUAACACGCAAACUUUCUCUGUCUCUCUUCGUCCCUCCCCCUCUCUGUCUCUCUCUCACUCUCUCUCCCUUUUUCAAUCUCUCUCUUUCUCUCUCUCUUUCUCUCUCUAUAUAUGAUGAUCAAAGGAAAAUCAUAACUCUCUCUCUCUCUCUAUUUCUUUCUAUCUAUCUAUCUAUCUAUCUAUAUAUUGUGGACAUAAAUGUAACCAUUUAUGUCCGUUUUUCACCUCUCUCUCUCUCUCUCUCUCUCUCUCUCUUUCGCUCGCUCUCUCUUUCGCGUCUUUCUUUCUCUCUCUUUUCACUUCUGUCUUUCCACCCCUCUCUUUCCACUCCUCUCUUUCCAUCACUCUCUUUCCACUUCUCUCUUUUCACUUCUCUCUUUCCAUUCCUCUCUUUCCAUUCCUCUCUUUUCACUUCUCUCUUUCCACCUACGAGAUCUCAGAUUCUUCAAGUGUGUUGGUAUCCAAAAGCCGAAUAUGGUGAUGAAGGUCUGUGGCGAGUAAGCGGUGAAAGGCAGUGCAUGGAUUACCCGGAAAUUCGUAUCGAGUCGCGUCCAGCUAACAACAUAGACCGGUUGCAACGUCACAUCAUCUAG